UACCGAGCAAUAAUUAUGCGACUAAUAACUACUAGUAUCGAUCGAUGGGUAAAAUGAAAUCACAGAUGGUUGAAAACGAGGCUGCAUAAAUAGCUCAACAGUUUAACCUCUCCCUUCGCCCUUCCCUCUGCUCCUCACUCACAUUCACAUAACAUUCAUCGAUUUCUCUUUCUGGGAAAAGUGUGUGAGAGAAAGAAAGAUCAAGAUCAACCACAAUUAAAAAACCCAGAAAAAAGAAAUGGGGAGAAUUAGAGAAUUCACAGACAAAGAAGAAACAACAGCAGCUUCAACUGCAUCAAUUAGCGAAGCUCUGCUCUUCACCACCAUGUACAUCGUUGGUCUUCCUGUUGAAGUUCACAUCAAAGAUGGUUCCAUCUUAUCUGGAAUCUUCCACACUGCCUCUUUUGACAAGGGUUAUGGCAUUGUUUUGAAGAAAGCCAGGAUGAUAAAGAAGGGAACACAUAAUACAAAUGUGUCUGAUAGUGGCCUAAUAGAUACUCUAGUGGUUCUUGCUGGGGAUCUUGUUCAAGUUGUUGCCAAGGGCGUCAUGCUUUCAGCUGAUAAUGUUUCCAAUCCUGCCGCUUGCGAGUUCGAGGGAACUGUUUCAGGAACAAUUGACUCUUGUCGAAGUUCUGAAAAUGAAGCUCUUUCGACUGCUGAACGGAGGAAUGAGGAGAGACAGGUUGGGGUACCCAUGCUUCAAGAUGAUGAAGAUUAUUACCGCCAUCAUUCCGAGGUCUCAAAGGAGGUUUCCAAAGUCAAUGGUUCAAGUAGAAGCUGCCAACACUAUUACAUCUGGGCCGGCGAUAUACUUACGUGUUCUUUUGUUAGCUGCUGGACCUUGAAGGAGAAUUAUGAGAUGAGAGCAUUCAACCAUUUGGGCGAUGGAUCCCUGCCCGCCAGUGAUGCAUCUCUUGAUCUCAAACAUAUGAAUCAGCUCCUUGAUAAAGAAUCCACUAGUACAGAAUCUGUUGCUUCAGAGCAUUCUGACUCCGCCAAAACAGAUUUGGAUGCAACUCAUAAUCCUUCGGCAGUUCCAACAGAAAGGGCUCCACAAAAUCCACUUCCUAGUAGGACUGCUAAGGAAUCCAAGCUCAAUCCAAGUGCAAAAGUUUUCUCCCCAUCCUUUCCUAACUACAGAUCAACACCACCUCCGGCGGCAACAGUUCCAAGUGUUGCUUAUGUAUCCAACAAUUUUCCUGCAGUACAGGUAGCUGGUGCACAGCCAGAACUUAUCAGACCCAUUGCGCCGCGUUCAUCAUGGCCUGUUAAGUUUGUUUCUUAUGUGUCUUCAACAGCAAUGAAUGCUGAUAAUGGUCUUCAAUACAAUCAACCUAUUGCUGGUCAUUAUGUAACAAGAGCACAACCUAUCAGACAUGGUGCACAGUACCAAUCAAUUCAAGCUAUGCCUACAUAUGUACAUCCUAAUCCUCAAAAUGGCAUAUAUGGAAGGCCUGGACAGCUUGUCUAUGUACAUCCAGUUACUCAUGAUGUGAUCCAGGCACCUGCAGCUCUCUCACAAGCUCCACAUGCCUUAUUGACAUCACAUCCGAUCCAUGUUGGUAUUGCCAAGAAUGAAGGUGCAGGUGUUUUAGCUGGUCCAACAUUGCCAGUUCCUGUGACUCCACCUUUAAUGGGGAAUGGACCACAAUCGUAUACAAUGCCGAGUCACAUUCAUCAGUUAUCAACACCUCAUUUUUCUUCGAUGCGUCAUGUCCCGGUCUUAGGUCCUAGUAUGCCUUACAGUGCUAAGUUCCAGUAAAGAGGUUUCCCUCCGGCUCCUAGUAGUGCUCAUCAUUUUUCUUCUUUUUCUUAGAGAUUUGUUUCAUUUUUUCAUCGACAGAAGUUUUGGCAUACAGAGUUAUAGUUUUGUUGAGGCUAGGUUUUGGGUCUGUCAAGAGUGCAGGUUGAAAAAAAACAUUUCUCCACCCAUGUUUUAGAAGAGGGAGGGAUGAUGCAGAAGAUAUAGAGAUUCUUUUUGUCAUUGGCUUAUGCUAUCCCAUGUUAGUGGGAUUAUACAGUUUUUCAGGAUUUAAUGACUUGUAUGUGGCGUGGAUAUUCAAUCAUUUAAUUGGUUAAUAUUCAUCUAUUCUCAAUUUCUUUCAUUAAUUUUGUA